AUUCGGACAAACAGAUAUGCGUGUUCUGUUAGAACGGCCGCGCACAUAUAAAAGGAAGCCAAACUCAACUUCUGCCGCCGCGCUUUUAUCUCCUAGUCAAACUUUAGGGUUUUAUCCCACGCUGUCUGUUUUGAAUUUGUAUAUAAUUACACGGCUGCAGAACAGCAGAGGCAGUAGAAUUAUUCGAUGGCUCUUCGAUUCGAGAUUCUGGGGAGAUUUAACCGUGCCAGAGCAGCCCAGCUUAUACUUCCUCACUUUGUUUGCCAUACCCCUCUAUUCAUGCCUGUUGGCACCCAGGGAACUAUUAAAGGGCUGACGACCAACGAACUUGAGGAAAUUGGCUGCCAAAUAAUAUUGGGUAAUACAUACCAUUUGGCUCUGCGUCCAACUUCGGAGCUGAUUGAUGAAAUGGGGGGACUUCAUAAAUUUAUGAAUUGGCCAAGGGCAUUGCUUACAGACUCUGGUGGCUUUCAAAUGGUCUCAUUGUUGCAUUUGGCUGACAUAACUGAAGAGGGUGUAACAUUUCAGUCACCAGUUGAUGGCAAGCCAAUGCUCCUAACACCAGAGGAAUCUAUACAAAUUCAAAACAGAAUCGGGGCAGAUAUAAUUAUGGCACUUGAUGAUGUAGUAAAAACCACCACGAAAGGUCCACGGAUAGAAGAAGCUAUGUACCGUACUCUGCGGUGGAUAGACAGGUGCAUAAAAGCUCACAAGAGACCAGAUGAACAAAAUUUAUUUGGCAUUGUGCAAGGGGGACUAGAUCCAAGGCUGAGGGAUUUAUGUGUCAAAGGUUUGGUGGAACGCAAUUUGCCUGGUUAUGCUAUUGGUGGCCUUGCAGGCGGUGAAGACAAAGAUUCAUUUUGGCGAGUUGUAGCUCAGUGUACUGCUUCCCUGCCCGAGGAUAAGCCAAGAUAUGUUAUGGGUGUUGGCUAUCCACUGGAUAUUGUGGUUUGCAGCGCUUUAGGUGCUGACAUGUAUGAUUGUGUGUAUCCCACCCGUACUGCACGAUUCGGCACAGCUUUGGUACCUGAGGGAGUACUGAAGCUUAAACACAAGGCCAUGGCUGACGAUAUCCGCCCUGUUGAUCCUACAUGCGAGUGCAUGGUCUGCAAAAACUACACAAGGGCAUAUAUUCAUUGCCUUGUCACGAAAGAUGCUAUGGGCUCUCAGCUUCUGUCGUAUCAUAAUUUAUAUUACAUGUUAAAGCUUAGCAGGGAUCUACACUCUUCUAUUGUCCGAGGACAGUUCCCACAGUUUGUAUGCCAGUUUCUGCAGAAAAUGUUUCCGGAAGGUGAUGUUCCAGAGUGGGUCUGCAAUGCUAUGGAAGUUGCUGGAAUUGAUAUUUCUUCUUGUUGUGCCCCUUUUCCAAUGUCACACGAUGAGCAUCAAACAAUAUACGAAUCAAAAUGGGUAGCGUGAUACUAUACAUUUAUAGACAUGUUUCAGUGUUGAAAAAGCUUGGCUGUCAGCAUAUAUUUUGUAGCCCAUAUGCUGAUCAGUAGGCAAUAGGUUUAAAUUGUACGGGAAUUAGGAAUAGACGAAUAUAUCAUUAACAAAAGUUUUGCAUUGUAAAAUAGCCUUUGGGUGCUGAGAAAGAAAUUGGUUUACAAAAGACAGAAGGAAGACAAACUUACAAGGACAAUUAGACACAUAGUAUGUUUGUUAGGUCUGCUUACCCCUGUAAGCUAGGAUUGAGACGCGUUAACUGAGCAUUCUUGUGAAUUGAAUAGACCGGAUAAUUCCUGCGUUCAACUAGGAUAGUGAUACGGGUCUGAAGGAAGUAGUUAAACUUUAGUAUUGCACUCAGUUACUCCAGCUGGGGGCUGCAGUUUUCACAAUGUACACUAAGACACAAUUUCAGAUAUAACAGUCAUUCAACAGCAAUUUUAUGCCAAUGCUCCAGUUUGUUCUUGUGAA